AUGGCGGGCCCCAGCGGCAGCACCGCCGCACUUUCCCCAGCACCGCGCCCCAACUAUGUGCGCCGGGAAACGGAUCAGAUCCUCUCGUACUACCAGUCCGACCUCGCUGGGCGGCCCUACGCGACGGCUGCGGACAUGGACUCCCAACGCCUAUCCACGACCACCCACUCCCGAAAGGGGUCUACGGCCUCUUCUUCUUCCGACUACUCGUCUGAAUAUUCGUCUGAAUCUCUUGCUGGACUUGAGCCUCCUCCCGCAUCUACCUCGCAGACGACUACUCCUGUGCGCGCCGACUUCGCACUGCCAUCAGAGGAGCCAGAGCACCCACCCGCACACGGAGGCGCAGCCCGACACUCACGCCGACCAAGCGUGCCCUCCGAGGGCGGUGCAGACAGGCGAAGGGUCGCCAUUGUGGAGAUGGACGCGGCGGCACAGCGCUCGGUGAGCCGUAAAAGGAGCAAGGGUCUCUCGGAUGCCAAGUCCUCCUCUUCCUCCUCUAUGUCCGGCAGCACGCUCUUCUCGCGGCGCGGCGUGAACAUCGGUGGGCUCGCCCUCGUAGCCCCGCCAGACGCGGCGCGGAAGGCAUACACCGACCUGACCCCGCCGUCGACGGCGCCGGCGGACCGUGCCUCCCAUCCACCACCCUCGUCCUCUUCACACUAUCACGCGCACGCGCGCUCAGCGUCUGAAGCGGUGGACGCUGGCGGCCGCGCGCGUCGCCUCCAUCACAAGUCAUCCCGUGACGUUGGCAUUGUCGGCCUCAGCUCCGCCUCCACGGCGUCGGACAGCUUGAGUCCAGCGAGCCCGACCAGCGACGACUACCACAGCUACGUCCACACCGAGGGUCUCGGCGUCCCCGUCUUCCAAACCCCGGCCAAAUCCCGCUCGCCUUCACCCUGUGGUGGCACUCCCGAUCUCUCUGACACGAGCAGCGCAAGCGCGCACCACCGCUCCCUCGAGCAGCGGCUGCUCUCAACACCGAUCUUUGGUAUGGAGGAUGGUAUCGUGACGCCGGGGAUUGGUGAGUGGAAGGACAUCCAGCAGCCCGUCGUUGGCCCAGUGAUCGUCGGCCUGCCGCCUGAGAUGAUGCAGCGCACGCAGCCGCGACGACCAGCAUCCGCAGCGCCCCCGCAACACUCGCACUCCCAACCUUCUUCAUCCGUGCAGUCGCCGACGUCAAGAUCUCCCAACUAUCAGAGUUCGCACUCAUCCUCUCCGGCAUCGUCGCCAUACCUGCAUUACCAGCCGGGCGUCCACGCAACAGCCGGACCCCUCCCGCCCCCGCCGCGUUCUAUUUUUGACAACACUGCGGCCGCGCCCCCUCGUCCGCCUCGUUUCCACACCCCUGUGCCUACCAAUAACAGGCCGGUACCUGCCAAUACAAAGCGGGAGAUCGAAGCUAUUAAGGAGAAGCUACAGCUGCCGCAGUCUGUUUCUGCUGUUCUCGCCGCCAGGACACCCCCCGAGGCCAACCGACGUCUGGGCCACAAUCCCUCGCCGUCAAGGUCCGACACCAGGGACAGUGAGGAGUCCACAUAUAGUCAGGACAAUGAAACAUCUGUCAAGCUGGUGCCUGCCAGUAGCGUUCACAGGCGCGAGGGCGCGUUCCCGCCUUCGACUAUCAUGACCUCUCCUCCUGGGCGUGUGGGCGAAGAACAGUCAACAUCGUCACAUAUGGUCAGCAGUCCAGUUGUAGCAAUCGAACCCGAGCGGGAAGAGGACGCGGAUGAAGACACUCCCGCACGCGAGCGCAAGGACUCUGAACGUCGUUCAGGGAUCGAGCUACUGCGGAAGAGCAGCUGGGUGAGUCUCAGCGAGGAGGCGACUGAGCUUCUCAGUUCACCCAACGGCAAGUCCGCGGCGCUGCCCAAACCACCGCCCAUCUCCCGGUCCGCGUCCUCCGUCUCGGGCGGGUCGUCCUCGUCCUCCAGCUCGGGGUCGUCACGGUUACCCGUGCCCCCACCGAAGAACGGCCGGAGCGGAUCCGACGACGAGCGACAGCAGAACUCGCUCGCGCCCAGCUCGUUCCGCGCGACACUCACAAACCUCAAGCGGUUCUCGUCGCUGCCUCGUACGCCGUCGCGCUCCUCGCGCUCUAGCAAACGCUCGACUAGCCCGGAGGCGCGUAGGUCGCUUUCGCCGUCGAUAGAACCUAUCCAUGUCGAGCUCCCACCCCGACGGCGGAUGACCCCUCGACCAACGAAGAUUUCGUCGUGGCCGCAGGCGAUGGUCACUCGGGACGUCACGAUGCUGCGGAGCGCGCGGGAACGCGCAAAGAUGUAUGCGGAGAAGAUCAACGAGCUGGCUGAGUAUGAUUGUGGGUUGCGGGACUGGAUGGCAUCACAACGGCCAGGAUCCCACCCACGAACACAGUCGCAGCGCACAGCGCUGCAACCGAAUCAGCUCGCUUUGCCUGCAGAGCUCGGCGGCAUGGCCCACACGAAUCGACACGUCUCGCACGGCUCGCUGGCCUCGCAGGCGACGUUCCCCAUCCGUGCAGACGCAUACACCGCGACGGACCUCUCUACCCGCUCCAUUGAUAUCAUUCCCUCCUCCUCACCGCCAACAACACUUCCCUAUCCCUCCUUGGCACAAGCCAACCUAUCUCGCGCCCAGAUGCGCUCAUCCACGCUCCUCUCCUCCCCUACCAAAUCUCCCCUUACGCUCCUCCCUGGAGCGAAAGGCUCCGGAACAGGUUUCUUCGCCUCUCUCGGCCGCAAGACGAGCGUCCGCAGGGAGAAGGGACUCUCCGGCCUAUCUAGCCCCCAGUCGCCUACCAAGCUGCUCACGAAGCGGCCUCCCCCUAUGGCCGCAUCCCGUUCGAAUCCUUCAAACUCUACCUCGCCGCGCGACGCGCCUCUCCCGACCGCGCCCGCGAUCCCUGGGGGGCCACGCGCUGCCCCGGGGCGCAUUCAGCGCUCGAAGACGUACUCCGUCUCCGCGAGCCCGCCCCAGCCGUCGCCCCCGGAGAACCCUCACCCUCCAAUACAAUCGCCGACGAGCCCGCAGAGCAUCCAGAGGCAGAGUGCGAUCCCGCGCCGGCCGUCGCUGUUUGCGCGUGCCCGUCCGGGGCACUCGUCAGUCGGGUCUCCGGCGCCGAACGUGAUGGACCCGGCGUUCCAGCGACAGGUCGACAAGCUUGCGGCGAUUUUACCGCAUGCGGACCGCGGGAUUUUGGCAGGAUAUCUGCGCCGGGCAGGUGAGGAUAUCCUCGCGAUCGGGCAGUACCUCGAAGACGAGAAGAACGGGACGUUGCAGAGGGAGUAACCCCCCCCAAGGCCUUUGUCUUGUUUCGUUCAUGAUCCCAUCCACGCAUAUUCGACUUGCAUACCGUACACUACCCGCCCACCGCCAAUGGAGGUCUGAUCUCUUCCUUAUUUCCUUCUUGUUCUCGCGAAUCCAGGUUUUGGUUCGUUCACAUCUCAUGCAUGCAUGUAGCCGCCGGCGCCGCUGGGCUGCAGUCCUCCCC